GCUAACCAUGAUCCAGCCCCUGUCUGGACCUGACAAUAGAUUUCUUAAAGAUUGUAAUCACGCAUUUUUCACUUCUGCAUUUAGUUAACACUAUGUCUUUCAUUUUAGCACUUAGCAUAGAGCACCAAACAUCAUAACCAUGCUAUUUUAAACAAAAUAAUAGGUCAAUAUUUGUGUCAUUGUCCAAGAUAAUAAAUAGAUGUUAUAAUCAUGGUAAGAACAGAGAUGUCACUAGCCUCUGUUUUCUAAAUAACACAUUUUUUUCUGGUAGGAUAAAAUAUCUGUUUCUGUAGUUAGCAGUCCUUUAUACCCCUCCGUGGUAAUUGAAGCCCUACUGUACCUCACAGAACUCUAUCAUAAUCUUACUUAACUUUAUAAAAAAUUUGAUAAUACCUGGCGCCAGAUAAUGACAGUAUAUGCCUAGGGUCUAGAUGAAAGGAAAGGAUUACUCACUCAAAAUUAGAAGUUAAAUUAAUAAACUUAAUAUAGAACAAACCCUAUUAUAUUUAAGAUAAGAAAUAGCCCAAAGCAACACCUAGGGAUGUUAGACAUUAAUUAUUUUUAAAAUCACCCAAUUAUACAUAAUUUUACGCUAAUCUAAGUGAUGCCAUUUUUCUUUUGGCACGUAUAACUCAAAUAGGAACACCCCAAUAAUGGUAUAUAAAAGCCCAAAGAAAUUAUCAGUGCAUGAUAUUCUGUUCUCUUGGGACGUUACAGUUUUGCAUAGACAAGGUGAACAUUUCUCAAAACACCAUGUCUCUCCAAUUUUCGAAUGGAUCCAGGCAUGUUUGCUUAAGGUCUGGAGCUGGAUCUGUCAGACCCCUCAAUGGAGGUGCAGGCUUUGCAGGCAGCAGUGCAUGUGGCGGCUCUGUUGCUGGAAGUGAAAUUUCCUGUGCCUUGGGAGGGGGCUUGGGCAGUGUUCCUGGUGGGAGCCAUGCUGGUGGUGCCCUUGGAAAUGCUGCUUGUAUUGGCUUUGCUGGAAGCGAAGGGGGACUCCUCUCUGGAAAUGAGAAGGUGACCAUGCAAAAUCUUAAUGACCGCUUGGCAUCCUACCUGGAUAAUGUGCGAGCUCUGGAGGAGGCAAAUGCUGAAUUAGAGAGAAAAAUCAAGGGUUGGUAUGAAAAAUACGGACCUGGAUCUUGCCGUGGACUUGAUCAUGACUAUAGCAGAUAUCACCUAACAAUUGAGGAUCUUAAGAAUAAGAUUAUCUCCUCCACUACUACUAAUGCUAAUGUCAUUCUGCAGAUUGAUAAUGCCAGACUGGCUGCUGAUGAUUUCAGGCUAAAGUAUGAAAAUGAGCUCACCCUUCACCAAAACGUAGAGGCUGACAUCAACGGAUUACGGCGAGUCUUGGACGAGCUGACGCUCUGCAGGACCGACCAGGAGCUGCAAUAUGAGUCUCUGAGUGAGGAGAUGACAUAUCUCAAAAAGAACCACGAAGAGGAGAUGAAGGCUCUGCAGUGCGCGGCUGGGGGCAACGUGAACGUGGAGAUGAACGCGGCCCCGGGGGUAGAACUCGCGGUUUUGUUGAACAACAUGCGAGCGGAGUACGAAGCCCUUGCAGAGCAGAACCGCAAGGACGCGGAGGCCUGGUUCAAUGAGAAGAGCGCCUCGCUGCAGCAGCAGAUCUCCCACGACUCAGGCGCAGCCACUUCCGCCCGGAGCCAGCUCACCGAGAUGCGGCGCACCCUGCAGACCCUGGAGAUCCAGCUGCAGUCCCUGAUGGCCACGAAACACUCCCUGGAGUGCUCCUUGACGGAGACCGAGAGCAACUACUGUACGCAGCUGGCGCAGAUCCAGGCUCAGAUCGGGGCCCUGGAGGAGCAGCUGCACCAGGUCAGAACCGAGACCGAGGGCCAGAAGCUGGAGUAUGAGCAUCUCCUUGAUGUCAAGGUCCACUUGGAAAAAGAAAUUGAGACCUACUGCCGCCUGAUAGAUGGAGAUGGAAAUUCAUGCUCCAAAUCAAAGGGCUUUGGAUCAGGAAGCCCUGGGAAUUCAUCUAAAGAUUUAUCCAAAACCACACUGGUAAAGACAGUGGUUGAAGAGCUAGAUCAACGUGGUAAAGUUCUUUCAUCAAGGAUUCACUCCAUUGAAGAAAAGACAUCUAAAAUGACCAACGGCAAGACAGAACAAAGGGUUCCUUUCUAGCUGUCAUUUUAGAGAAAAGAAUAAUUUGGGAAAGGAUCCUGUACAAUUGCAUUAUUCUAAAUAUCAGAGAGAAUAUACACACUUCUUACUUUUAAAGAUACAUUACUUAGCAAAAAUACCUGUUUUCUUAGUUUUACAGGAUAUUGUGUUUGUUUCCAAUAAAUAAAAAAGUUGAUGUGCAUUCAUUUCCAUUCACUGAUGACUAAUAAAUAAUUAUUUGUGAUUUUUUUCUACGUCUAAUUCAUAGAAAAACACUUGUGGAAUAUAUUUUAAUUGCCUUUCACUGUUGUUUUAAAUAAUAGUCAAUACCGCCACAUGGCAUUUGAAUAUGAAACAUUCACUAGGCAUAAUCUUUAAAUCACAUCGUGUCUAUGUGGGCAAAUAAUCAAAAACUUCAGAAAUUCUCCUGUGACUGAAAAGUCUCACCACUAGAUGACGCAUUCCUGGUAUUUUACCAAGAGCGUCUCUCAAACUCUUCUUUCCACAAUACCCAGGAUACCAUUCCUCGUCUAAACAGGAUAAUCUCCGGAAAAAUCCACAGCAAUAUGGCUUGUGUUAGUGACGCUUUUCCUUUAACAGGGGUCAGAAGCUUUUUUUGUGAAGACCCAGAUAGUAAAUAUUUUAGGCAUGGCAGGCCGUAAAGUCUCUAUUUCAACUACAAACCUUGGCCGUAGACAAUAGAU